AUGGAAAGCUACUGGGUGUAUGGUUAUCCCCAACAUCAAAACAAACAUCUCACUUGUGACCUCCUUAAAUCUCUCCAUCAGGCUAAUCACAACAACAACUGGCUUCUGUUUGGAGAUUUAAAUCUCAUCACUAGUGACACAGAAAAAUUUGGGGGUAACCCAAUUGACAAUAAUAUUACUAACCUUUUUAGAUCUACACUAACACUAUGUGAUUUGCAGGACCUAGGCUACAAGGGGGACAUCUACAUUUGGACCAAUAAUCAACAAAACCAACACUUAAUUAAAGCCAGACUAGACAGAUUUAUGGCAAAUUCAGCUUGGAAAACUCUAUUUCCAAACUAUUGCAACUCUCAUCUCCUUAGAUAUAGAUCUGACCAUAUGCCUAUAUUACUUGAAUUUAACCUUUUUGCAGGGCAGAACACCAGGAAAAAAGGCCCAAAACCUAUCAGAUAUGAACAUAUUUGGACAAGGGAUAACGAUCACUACCAAGUUGUUAAAGAUACCUGGCAAAUCUGCAGAGGAAAUGUCUCCAAAAAGCUCACGGCCACUCUAUCCUCCCUGCACAGAUGGGGAAACAAUGUUUUUGGUGUCAUCCCUAGAAGAAUAAGAAACCUGCAAAACGAAUUACAAAUGCUGAAUGAUCAAAAUGGCAUCCAAAACCUCACAACACAGAUUAAGGAAAAAGAGCAGGAACUAGAUAAUGUCCUAAACUGUGAAGAAACUUGGUGGAAGCAAAGAUCCAGAGAAUUAUGGCUACAACAUGGGGACAAGAACACUAAGUUUUUCCAUAUGAAGGCAAAGAUUAGGAGAAGCAAAAACAAAAUUGAAAAAAUAACUGACACCCAGGGUUAUACACAUAAUGAUGAUGAUGGCAUUGAGAAAGUUCUGGUUGAACACUUCAAAGCCUUAUUUAAAAAGCAAGACACUCAAGGAAUUGCUGAAACCACACAGGUGGUUGCAGGGAAAAUCAACAAUGAAAUGUAUCAGGAACUAGAUAAAGUUUUUACCAAAGAGGAGGUGUUUCAAGCUAUAAAGGAUAUGAAGGCACUAGCAGCCCCUGGCCCUGAUGGCCUACCUGCUAUCUUCUAUCAUACUCACUGGGAAAUAAUAGGAAAGGAAGUAACUGAAAUGGUUCUUAAUGUUCUCAACAACAAUGGUGACCCUAGCCAACUAAAUAACACCUACAUUUGCCUCAUUCCUAAAAUUACUAACCCUGCCCUACCUAAUGACUUUAGACCCAUCUCCCUCUGUAAUGUCACCCUCAAGAUUAUUACUAAAACCAUUGCAAAUAGAAUUAAAACUAUCCUUCCAGAGGUGAUUAGCCCCAACCAAAGUGCCUUCAUACAAGGCAGACUCAUUACUGACAACACUCUGAUAGCUUCAGAGAUUUUUCAUUAUCUUGCCCAAACAAAGAGGAAAACAGGUUAUGUGGGUAUCAAGACUGAUAUGGCAAAGGCUUAUGAUAGGGUAGAAUGGGACUUCCUUGAAGCUACUAUGGUCACUAUGGGAUUCCCAGCUACUAUGGUCCAAACUAUUAUGAAAUGUGUCACCACUGUUAAAUUCUCCAUCCUCAUCAAUGGCUAUCCCUCUCAAGAAUUUUACCCCCAGAGGGGACUUAGACAGGGAGACCCUCUCUCACCCUACCUUUUUAUCAUCUGUGCUGAUGUAUUAUCUGGACUAAUUUCUAGAGCCCAGCAGGAAAAACUAAUCCAUGGGAUCAGAAUUUCCCAAGGGGCCCCUGAAAUUAGCCACUUAUUCUUUGCUGAUGACAGCUUAAUGUUUUGCAGGGCAACUAACAAGGAGGUCUCAACCAUCCAAGAUAUUAUUCAAACAUAUCAAAAAGCUUCUGGACAACUAGUCAACUUAACAAAAUCAGAAAUGGUUUUUAGUAAAGGAGUCACUAAUGGAAUAAAAGAGGAGAUCUCUAGAAUCCUGCCCAUGCAAAUCUCAGAAUAUUUCUCAAAAUACUUAGGCAUGCCCAUAGUGCAUGGAAGAUCUAAACAGCAGAUCUUUAACUAUAUCAGAGAAAAAAUAUGGAAAAAGCUCAAAGGUUGGAAGGAAAAAAAUCUAUCUUUUGCUGGAAGAGGCACCCUAAUCAAAGCUGUAGCCCAAGCAAUCCCUACUUAUCUUAUGAGUUGCUUUCUCAUCCCAAAAGGAGUGUGUGAACAACUAGAAAAAAUGAUAUGUAACUUCUGGUGGGGUAGUACCACUGACCAAAGGAAAAUGCAUUGGCUGAAAUGGUCAAAGGUGUGCACUCAGAAAAGAAAUGGAGGGCUGGGUUUCAGAGAUCUAAGAGCCUUCAAUGAGGCUUUGUUAGCUAAACAAGGGUGGAGGCUUAUCACCAAACCAACCUCCCUAGUGGCCCAAGUCCUUAAGGCAAAGUAUUUCCCAAAUGAAAGCUUCCUAAAUGCAAAGCAUAAGCAAGUGAUGAGUUACACCUGGAGGAGUAUUAUGCAGGCCAGUUGGGUUAUUAAAAGAGGCAACUACUGGUUCAUUGGAGAUGGGGACGAUAUAAAUAUCUGGGAGGACAAUUGGAUGCAACAAAAAGGUGCUACAUACAAGGGCAGACCAAAACCCAAUAACUUGAAUCUAACCAAGGUGAAAGAGCUUAUGGAUAGUAACUACAAUGAAUGGAAUAUAGAUAUAAUAAAUCAAGUUUUCCUCCCCUAUGAGGCUCAGAUGAUUCUAAAUAUUCCUAUCAUUGACAAAACUCAACCUGACAUGCUCACAUGGGACUGCACACAGGAUGGCCAAUACUCAGUCAAAUCAGGCUAUCAUGCCAUUAUGGAAUGGGGUAAUCUCCCUAAUGCUAGUCCAUCAAAUAACUCUCAACACAUCUGGAAUGUCCUUUGGAAGCUAAAAGUGCCCCCUAAACACAGCCACCUGCUAUGGAGAGUGCUUCAUAAUGCCUUACCAGUAAAGAACAACUUGUUCAAAAGAGGGGUCAGGUGUGAUCCCUUAUGCCCUCGCUGCUCAAAUAGCAUGGAAACAAUUCAUCAUGUUUUCCUAGAUUGUGAAUGGGCAAAACAAACCUGGUUUGCCUCAGCCCUGACCCUAAACCUAGGGCAAAAUCAACUCACAGACUUCUAUGAUUGGAUUAAUUAUAUGAUAAACAACACAAACAAGGAAUGCAUAGAGAAGAUAACUGCAAUCAUUUAUGGGAUUUGGUAUGCGAGAAAUGUAUUGGUUUUUCAAGGGAAAAACUUACCUCCUCAAGAAAUUAGCUCCACGGCUUUAAAUCAGCUACAGGAAUACCAGACGCAUGGCCGGGAACAACAUAUCCAAGAUCCUCAAGUGAGAAGGAACGGAUGCAGCAACGACAUCAGCUGGAGUCCACCGCCUAGGGGCACCCUGAAGAUCAAUGUGGAUGCUCACCUAAGCAGUGAUGGCCAUUGGUCAACGGGGCUGGUUCUACGGCGGUCGGAUGGAAGCACCGUCGGGGUUGCAACGAGAACUCACAACGGAUCGGCGGACGUUAUUACUGGUGAAGCAAUGGGAUUAAUGGAUGCUAUAGAAUGGAUCGAAAAGCUUGGUGAACAGAGUGUUAUCUUUGAGAUGGACUCCCAAGUCAUUGUUAAAGCGGUUAAGGAUCAAAGCAACAUAUUCAAAAGCUGGGGGAAAGUGGUAAGACGAUGCAUACUCUUCCUAAAGGGAAACCCUAGUUCAGAUAUCAAAUGGGUUCAAAGGAAAGCAAACCAAGCUGCCCAUAAAAUGGCUAAAUGGGCUGAAACUGAGCCCAAUAAAGAAUGGACUACCAACAUCCCCUUUUGUAUUUGGCCUGUUAUCCAAAAAGAUAAAGACAAUAUUCUUACUAUUUCAAGUUGA